CGGAAGUGCCUGUGAGUUCCUGUUAGCAUUAGCUUGACUCCAGGUAGUGAUCGAUCUGCCGGUGUUUCUCCUGAUCCGGUUGGUGUUUCCCAUCAGCUGGAAGUCAAAGUUCACAUCUGGACCGACCGCCGGGUUUCGACACAUCUCAUUAAACAUGACCAAACACGAGUUUGAGGUGGCCAUGACAUGUGAGGGCUGUUCAGGAGCCGUCACCAGAGUCCUCAACAAACUUGGAGAUGUGAAGUUUGAGAUUGACCUGCCCAAGAAACUGGUGUGGAUCGAGUCGGACAAAGACGUGGAUGUCCUCAUGGAGACGCUGAAGAAGUGUGGGAAGGAGGUGAAAUACAACGGCACAAAGUGAACCAGCAGGUUUCUGCUGAUGGUUCUAAGGGCAGAUUCUACUGGAGUUGAAGUUCUUCACCCGUUGGAGGAGUCUGAUCCUUGGCUCCAACACACAAUCCCCACAUAUCCCCGCAUGUCCCCCCGGUCUUCAUUGUGUCCUUCUGGGUUUAGGGUCUAUGUACCAUUACAUUUACACAUGCUUCUACUGUUGGAAUAAUGGGAUCAUCUGUAGGUUCAUGUGUCGUCCAUCAAACAGACCUUCUGUACCUGCCACAGGUGGACCUACUCCAUGUAGCUCCAGCCUCAGGUUCAGCUGCUGUUCCAGGUUCAGAGUAAAGAUGUCCACAGUCUAGGACCUUAACAAAGAUCAUGAAAAGACACUUUGAACAUCCAUGUGAAGGUUUAAUCUGACCCAGGUAUGAACCGUAUGUGACUCUGCAGACAUUAGUUUAUGUUUUUACCCCUUUGGUCAACUUCAGACUGAAGGAGUAUUGGACUGGUUUUGUCCUCCAUCUGUCUGUCUAUCUGUCCAUCUGUUUUUCCAUCCGUCUGUCCAUUCAUGGUCAUAAUCUCAUCCUCUGUUGAAUUCAUUCAUUUAUCUGCUCCUCAUUUCUCCUGUGUUUACAUCUGGAACAGUAGAAAAUUGAACAGGUGACCUUUGACCUCCUGUUUCCAGGUCACAUGACCUUAUACAGUUCUAUUACUCAGUACUUUCACAUAUAAAUGUGGAUGGAAUAAGUUUGACUCAAAGACAAUCUGAUAUAAAUUAGAGGAACUUUAACAGGAUCUGAUACUGAUUUAACUUCUUUAAACCUAUUCAAAUGUGAGAAUAAACCAUUUAGAUCAGGGACGUUAAAGUCCAGGUAGUUCAGGUUCUACAUUCAGACCAGUAUGAUCUAAAGUGGAUCAGAACCAGGAACAGAAGAACACAAACUAGAAAUAAUGACAAGCACAGAUUUGAACUGGGUGUGGUGAAGGUCACAGAGGGUUUGUGUCUACGAGAAGAUCAGCAUCAGGUCUGCAACUGGAACACAAACAGCAACAAACACAAACAUGGAUGUAAGCAUAAACAUGAACAUACAGGCUUAGUGCCAUGGUUCUGUCUUGGAUCUCCUCUGUCCAGUUUCAGUGUAUUUCCAGAUGUUUCCAGUGAGCUGUGCUGCGUUCACUGUGUUCACUGUACUGCGUUCGCUGUGUUGUGUUCACUGCGUUCACUGUGUUGGGUUCGCUGGACUGCAUUCGCUGUGUUGCAUUCACAACCUGCGUUCGCUGUGUUGCGUUCACUGACCUGCUCCUCCUUGGACCUGGUGGACUUGAACCUGUACAAACAGCUGCUGUGUCUUCUGUUGCCAACACCAUGUUGUCGUCUGUGUCGUCUGCGCCUUCAUUCUAAUCCUGUUUUUAAUCCUGUUUCCACCUUCUGGGUUUUUCUACUGAUCCGUCUCCAUUUGUUUAACAUGUGCACGGAGGAAAUAAACCAUGUUUACCUCUG